AUGUAUACUGGGAACGGUCCAUGGGGCUGCCAUCUCCCCUCUAUCUCAAGAGCGACCUGCUACAGAGAGCUGGAGAAGGUUCAAGAGAAAGGAGACUCUGGCAUGAUCACGGUGGAGAGGAGAUACAGUACUAAACACAAUGAUUUUCUGGAAUCUAAGGGAUGCUUUGCCAACACAACAUCCUCUAGCAGAAGCAUCAGCCCCUCAUCUUCUGUUGAAACAGAAGGUCUGAGUGUCAGUGAGCCUCCAGGCCCCUGCAGAGUGUCUGUUCACCUAGACCCUCCUGCAGAUUUGGCUCUGAAAUCCUCCUCCUCACAUUCUGAUCACUCCUCUGACAACUCAUUGCCUAGAAUCCAAAAGGAUAAAUAUCCUGAGGAAUUCAGCCUGCUUAAGUUGCAGACAAAAGAUGGGCAGCGUCCUGAGUGGACAUUUUACCCAAGGUUUAGCUGCAAUAUCCACACCUACCAUGUUGGAAAGCAGUGCCUAUUUAACGGGGUCUUCCUUGGCAACAGGAGGUCUCUGUCAGAGAGGACAGUGGACAAGUGCUUUGGGAGGAAGAAAUAUGAUAUUGAUCCCAGAAAUGGAAUCCCAAAGUUAACUCCAGGAGAUAAUCCAUAUAUGUACCCAGAACAGAGUAAAGGCUUCUACAAAGCAGGAUCAACUCUCCCACCAGUGAAUUUUUCAAUAGUGCCUUAUGAAAAGAAAUUUGAUACAUUUAUUCCACUUGAGCCUCUUCCACAAAUUCCCAACUUGCCUUUCUGGGUGAAGGAGAAGGCCAACAGGCUGAAGAAUGAGAUAAGAGAAGUUGAGGAGCUUGACAAUUGGCAUCCAGCGGUUUCCUUGAUACACAGUCUACUCCCUGCUGGCUCUUUGGACUUUACAAGACAAUCCUGAGCCAGAAACAGGCCCACAAAGCAUGCGCUGACUGUACUCAGGAGAGCCUCUUCCAGCUGAUUGCUUCUGUCAGUGUGACUGUUCUAAAUCAAAUGUUUGACGUUGAUGAGGAAUCGCUGUGCCUUGCUUUUUUUAACUUCAUAUUUUGAAAACUUUCAACGGUACAGAUAAGUUGCGAGAAUCAUACAAUGAACAAACACUUAUAUAUCCUUCCCUACAAUUGUUAAUAUUUGUCCAGAUUUGUGCACGCUCUCUGUCUCAUGUUAUUACUGUUAUUAUUUUGCUGAGUUAUUUGAGAGUGAGUGGCAGACAUCAUAACCCUUUACUCCUACAUACCUACAUGCUUCAGUAUGUAUCUCCCAAGGUCAAGGAUGUUCUCUAACAAACAGAAUACAGAUAGAAAAUUCAGAGAAUUUAACAUUAAUACAAUACUACUAGUAUACUGUCCACAUUCAGUUUUAUCCAGUUAAAUUUAGUUUUCUAAGGAUGCCCUCAAAUCAAUUGUAAAGUGCAGACGUUACAUGAACUUUCGUUAUUUUUGGUAAAACUAUUCUCAUUUUGUCAAUACUUUUUGAGAUUUUCUCUACUAUUCACUUGGCACAUGUCAGAGAAACGUGAAGGCUGGAUCUCCACCAGGUGAUUGAUGCCAUUGCCCUGGAGCUCCAUUUCCCGUUUCAGUGUUGUCUGUCUACACAGCCAAGCAGGAUGAGAGCUCGGUGAGCACCAAUCAAGAGUCUUAGGGCCUCUUGUGAAUCAGGCAAGACGCAAACAUUUGGAGGAAAA